GGUUUGGCCUGAACCUGAAUGAACUCAUUAUUUUUGGCCGCAAAUAUCGUCAAAAACCGUCGCCGGGGCGCAUCCUUAAAAUAAUUAGACAUUUAAUUCAUUUUUUGGAGUGAUUUCUAGCAAAGAGGAUGUUGUAAAUCGCCAAUUUUGCAGCCGAGGAAGGAGACCUAUUUUGAGAGGCGGAGCUCGUCUCCGCUCCUUUCGGCGAGGCGCGUUCGUAAUGAAAGGAGCGCGUGAGCGGCGCUCGCUGUGACUUCCUCGCUCCUCGGCAGCUACAUUGUGUGGAGAGCAGCACGUUGUUGGCUUCUGCACGCUGAACUUUACGCCGAAAUAACGUUCUCCUGUUCCAGGGAGAAACCAGAUUCAGAUCAUCCACCAGCUAUUUUCUCUCAGACGUCUGCAAAUUCCCCCUCAGCUUGCGAAAAUAUGUCGGCCUCGGCGGCAAAAGUGAGUAAAAAGGAGCUGAACUCGAACCAUGACGGAGCGGACGAAACCUCCGAGAAAGAGCAACAGGAAGCUAUUGAACACAUUGACGAAGUUCAAAAUGAAAUUGACAGGUUGAACGAGCAAGCCAGUGAGGAAAUCCUCAAAGUAGAACAGAAAUACAACAAACUCCGUCAGCCAUUCUUUCAGAAGAGGUCAGAACUGAUCGCCAAAAUCCCCAACUUCUGGGUCACCACAUUUGUCAACCAUCCACAAGUAUCUGCCCUACUGGGGGAGGAAGAUGAAGAAGCGCUUCAUUACCUGAGCCGGGUGGAGGUGACAGAGUUUGAAGACAUCAAGUCAGGCUACAGAAUAGAUUUUUAUUUCGACGAAAAUCCGUACUUCGAAAACAAAGUACUUUCCAAAGAGUUCCAUCUGAAUGAAAGCGGAGACCCAUCUUCAAAGUCAACAGAAAUCAAAUGGAAAUCAGGAAAGGACCUGACCAAGCGCUCCAGCCAGACACAGAACAAAGCGGGAAGGAAGAGGCAACACGAAGAGCCAGAGAGCUUCUUCACUUGGUUCACCGAUCACGCCGAUGCCGGGGCUGACGAGCUGGGAGAGGUCAUCAAGGACGACAUCUGGCCAAACCCUCUGCAGUAUUACCUGGUUCCUGACAUGGAUGAUGAAGAGGGUGAAGGUGAGGAUGACGAUGAGGACGAGGAGGGUCUGGAGGACAUAGAUGAGGAGGGUGACGAAGAUGGAGAGGAAGACGAGGAUGACGAUGGAGAAGAUGGAGAGGAUGACGAUGGAGAAGAUGACUAAGAUAUGACAUUAUCUACCAAGACCCUCAACCUUCUAUUCCCUAUUUGGUUUUUUCACCCAUGAUCGGGAGCAAAGUUUUUAUUUUUUAUUAUUUUUUCCGUGUGUGUGUGCUUCAUCCUCCAUUCUGAAGCCUCUCACCUGUUGGUGCCAUGUUAUGUUCUCCUUUGACUCAUCUGAAGCCAAUGGCACUUUGCCCUGAAUUGUGAGUACCAUCCCCAAAAUCAUCUCAAAAAAAAAUAAUAAAAAAGAAAAAAAAUACAAAAAAUAGAAUCAGCACGGCAUCCUGAGUAGAAUUUGAAGACAAUUUACACAGAGUUUCUCCUGUAAAAAGGUUGUGUGGUAAAUUUAACUAAAGCCAUGGUGUAGUGACCUAGCGCUAGCAGAUCUCUCCAAUUUUGUUUUUCCAUAUAUAAUUUUCUUCAGUUGGGGAGUUGAUCCCUUGAAAAAAAAAAAAAAAACUGUUAUUUUUCCCCUAUGUGGUUAACGAGUACCAGCUCAUUCCUUU